AUGAAGAAGCCUGACAGCACCCCUUGCAAAUUUACUGCAAUGAGAGAUCACCGUGCUAGUCUCGUGGUGGGGCGACCGGGCGAGCGGUUGUCGACCCCGUGGCAGAUUGAGGCUACAGUUGUUCGAAACGAGCGGGAUCCAUCGUCAGGGCGAGGCGCAAUGCCCUUCACGGCCAUUUACUCGAACAAAGACCAUUCCACGCCCAAGUUUACGACUGAUCCGUCCCAGAUCAUGCGGCUUGUGGUCAAGAAGCCGAGUGGGUCCGAGAACGAAUCGGACUAUAAGGGACAGCACAGAAUUUGGCCUGGUUUGCUACUGCUGUUCGUGCUCGUUAUGGGCUCAACGGUUCUGAUCAUAACAGGAGCAAUGAAGACGUCCGAAACGCGCAAAGCGCGAACAUUGCAUUACGAGCAACGUGUAGCAGGAAAACGUUCUAUUAAAGACGGCAAGACUAAUGAAGACAUCAUCAUCUCGGAUGACGGUCAAAUUGGCAACCCCAAGUCGUACGACACUAGCAUCACUUGUGAAAUGCCCGACUACCAAAGCAAAAAUGGCCAGAUCGUAGCGGUUGCUGCCAACGGUACGGAGAUAUCAAUUCAAAUCAAAGGUGUCAAUUGGUUCGGUAUGGAGACAGCGCUUGCAGUACCAUUUGGGCUCUGGGAGAACACUGACAAUGGAACUACGGCAUACGAGAUAGCAGCGUUCUUGGCACGAAAUAACUUUAACGCAGUGAGAGUGCCGGUUUCGAUUGAAAACGUACUGAACAACAGUCCACCUCAAAAGGGUGUGAUCAAUCUCUCAAGCAAUCGUGCGAUCAAUGGAACAAAUUUUAUCUCGACACUACAGACAAUUACGAAAGCAUUAGCGUACCGCAAAAUCGGUGUGCUAAUAAGUAUGCACCGACUCACUAACAAAAAGUCGGGUGCUACGUGGUUUGAUGAAGAUCUUGGCGUGACGCAAGAUGAUUUUCUAAAUGCAGUUGACAUCAUUUCGUCCAACCUUUGUGGACAGGAUUAUUGGAACGUCAUGGGCAUGGAUUUAAAGAAUGAACCGGAAACUGCAACGUGGGGAACUGGGGAUGACGACGAUUUUGUCGUGGGUUGUGAAAAAAUUGCAAAGGUCAUGCAUGGUAAUUGUCCGCAAUGGCUUGGCUUUGUUGAAGGUGUCGUGGGUGUACAUACUGUCACGAUUGGUGACGAGGAACUAGAUUACUACGAUUGGUGGGGUGGUGGUCUACAGAAGGCAGGAGAUACUCAGCCUGAGUUUACGAUUGAAAACAAAGUCGUGUGGGCUCCUCAUUAUUACACGACUGCAGUCGCUCCCCAACGCUAUUUCUACGGUGAUAAAACGACCUCUGACUUUUCGACGUAUGUGGAAUUGUCUGAUAAAGACCUUCUUACACGUGUGGAGGGUACAAUGUAUGACAUGUUUGGAUAUUUGGUAAAUGACAAGGGCUAUGCUUUAUUACUUGGAGAAUUUGCAGGUUUGUAUACAAAAGAUGCCCAUCCAAAGAAAACAACCAAGCGAACAACGGAUUUAACGAUUCAAGUGUUGAUGGAAAACAAAUAUGCUGGUGGAUUUAUGUGGUCCUUAAAUCCAGAGAGCGAGUAUCAAUACAAUCCAGCUGAUACGGAAGGUUCCUUUACAGAAGGUAUGCUACUUGAUGAUUGGUUGUCACCGAAUAAUGACUUUCUCGAUGCAUUUAUCCCCAUGGAUGCCAUGCCAAAUUUACGAAAAUUUCCAUGUUUUCCGAUUGUAAAAGAAGACGAAUAA